AUGACUCGGAACCAGCUCAUAGUUUACAUCAAGUAUCUGAAGUCUCGGUCGUUACAGAUAUAUUACGGCCCGUUGAUUCAGCUGUUGAUGCAGCACAAAGACAACCAUGGUAUUUUUAACUCGCCUGUUGACCCAGAUGCUGAGAACUUACCGACCUACUAUUCCGUUAUUUCGAAACCUAUGGAUUUGGGAACAAUUCGAGAUCGCUUAGCCAGCGGCGAGUAUCAGACUCAACGUGAUAUCUUGAACGAUAUUUCCCUGGUGUUUAAGAACGCGCAGAAGUUUAAUCCCCCAACCCACUUCGUAUACUUGUGUGCUUCUUCCCUAAGCAAGGUUUUCGAAAGCGAGGUAGAAAAGAUCCGAACUCGCAUUGAGCAGAAUCGUGUGAAUCAAGCCAACCAUUUCUGCUCUUCUUGCCGAGGAACGCCCUGUCGAAUCUGCGGCGAGAAGUGUUUGAAGUACAGUCCUCCCGUGUUUGUUUGCGAUGGCGAUUGCCAUGAACGAAUCUUGCGAAACACGACCUACUACAUCAUCCGUGGACAGAAAGGACGGUACUGUCAGAAGUGCUAUGCAAAGAAGAUCGUGGGAAUGGACAAAGCGGACCGCAAGAAUCUAUUCGUGAAGAAGAAGAACGACGAAGUGUUUCCGGAAUCCUGGGUGCAAUGUUCACGCUGCCACGAGUGGCUCCACUGUAUCUGCGGCUUGGUUCAUCCUCGCCAAGUCACCAACAACUACGUCUGUCCGAUCUGUCUCUCGGAAGACCCGCGAAGAGAACCGAAGCCCGUCCAGGGAGCGGCUGCGAUCCCGACCUGCCCGCUGAGCGAGUACUUAACAGAACAGGUGUAUCAGCGUGUGGAUCAAGUGGUGCAGAAGUUGCCGAAGCGCCUUCGCCCUACGGGGGCGGCGCUAUCGCAACUCAAGCAGAAUCUGAUCGUGCGGGUCGUGAGCAACAUCACGACCUCCGUGACGGUGAAGAAGGCCAUCGCGCCCCUGUUUACUCCCGACUACUCCGACGAGCUCUCGCUGCCCUACCGGAGUAAGUGCAUCGCGUUCUUCCAGCACCGCAACGGCGUGGAUAUUCUGCUGUUCGUGCUGUAUGUCCACGAAUUCGGCGAGAAUACAACGCCUGCCAAUCGUCGCUGCGUGUACAUUUCCUAUCUGGACAGCGUCCACUUCCUCUCUCCCCGCUAUCUCCGCACUCCCCUGUACCAUACGCUUCUCAACGGCUAUCUGGCCUAUGCGAAAUCGAACGGGUAUUGCCGCGCACACAUCUGGGCAUGCCCUCCUUCGCGCGGUGAUGACUACAUUUUCCCUCAUCACCCCCGCGAUCAGCGAACGCCCAACGCGGACCAUUUGAUUGGAUGGUAUCGCCAGUUGUUGGCGGAAGCCGUCGAGGCCGGGAUCGUGAGCCACGCCUCGUGCCAAUUGGACGAGCUUCUCCAUAUCAACGCGGUGCGGAGCAAUAAUCCGGAUAUCAACCAGCGGCAGAUUCGAUGCUUUUCGAUUCGAGGGGUCGCCGAAACAGAACUCCCAGAGUCUGUUUUAGAGCGCAUCCAGACGUCUCCUCUCCCCUCCUCUCCCUGCUCUUCAGACUAUGAAACAGAGAAUGAAAACGAAAACGAAAACGAAUCCGAUUUGUCUUCAGACAUGUCGUCGCUCAGCACGGCCACAGCAUCCAUCCCUUCUGCGGACUUUACACCCCAUCCCACUGCUUCCUUGCUGCCGACCGGGUCGCUGAGCGAGCUGGAGCGCGUUCUCCUCUUGACCGUUCCUUAUUUCGAGGGGGAUUAUCUUCCGUACGUGGGAGAGGAUCUUUUGAAAGAGAUCUACCAGGAUAGUUUGAAGCCCAAAGUCUCUCGCAGCGUUCGCAUUCAUCGCCUCCUGACAUCUAGACCUCUCUCUCCCACGUGUCCUCCGUCUCCUCCUCCACCAAGAACAGAGCCGAGCUUCGCGACCGAAUUCUACAAGACAACAUUCUACAGUUGCCUUCCGAGUUCCUUCGCAAGUAUGCCAAAUCCAUGCUGGAGAAUCCUGCUCGCUUCAUGA